GCUGCUCAGGAUGAAGGUGAACAUCAUCUGCUGCCUGUUAGCCUGUGUUCUGGGAUGUAAUGUCACUGCAGGUUUAACCCGUGAAGUAUUUAAGGAGAAGGAAAAUGCCAUCCUGCCCUGUCCUCACUCUGUGAAGGGUAAAGUGCUGUGGAGCAGGGAGAGUGAAGGAAGGAAAGUUGACAUACUUACAGCUGAUGGUGACAGAAACGAAAAACACAUUAAUGAUUCAGGCAAACGAUACAAUUCACAGGCGGACGGGUCACUGAUCAUCCUCAAAGCUUCUGUCUCAGACUCAGGAAGAUACCUCUGUAACAAUGAAGCAGCCGUGGAGCUGACAGUGAUCCCAUCAGGAACAAUGAUACACAGUGUUGAAGAGAGGAGCAACAUCACUCUGAAAUGUUCUCAUGAUGUUGGAGAAUCAGGUGUUCGGAAAUGGAGCAAAGACAAUGCUGAAAUACAACAAGAAAGUAUUCGUGUUUCCACUGAGAACCAAACAUUGAUCAUAAAAGCAGCUGAGCUUGCUGACACUGGCCUGUACUACUGUGAUGGAAAACCAGCCGCUUAUCUGAAUGUGACCAAAGGAGGGAGAUCUGACCAAGAAAACAAACGUGAUCUUCUGUUAGGAAUUGGUGUCCUUGUUCUCAUCCUCAUCAUCCUCAUCAUCAUCAUCUACAUUACUUGGAGAUGCAGGUCUAACAGGCGAGGAAAUGACAAACAGGGCCACGUCUAUGAGGAGAUAGCAGCUGCAGAACUUAAAGUUAUAAAUGCGUUCUUUCUCAGGAUCUGGACUCAGAUCUGCAGACUGCGUGACAGACCUUCCAGGCACAUCAGACCAAAAUGAUGUCACAUACGCGACCAUCCCUGAUGUGCCUCAGACUGGAAAUAAGAGCGGUUCUCCCUAUUCCUUGAUUGUUUCCCCUUUUCAUGCUGGAAAUAAUAAAGGUGUAUCAAACCAAAAUGAUCCCACGUAUGCGACCAUCCCCGAUCUGCCACUGACUGGAAACAAGAGCGGUUCAUCCCAGCCGACUGACCACACGUAUUUCUUACUGGAGAAACCCAAAUUUACAAGAAGCAAUCCCAGCCAGUAAAGUUUGAUCUGAGCUUUUUGCUGCUGUUAGGCACCAUCUCACUUUGGAAAAGGUGAUUAUUGGAAAAUAUUGUAUAUACUGUAUAUGUUGUCAGCUUUUUUGUGUCAUUCUGAAAAGACAACAGCUCAAAAAGUUUUGAAUGAAAUCUGAUCAGAAUCUGUGGGGUGUAGAGGUCAAAGGUCAUGUUUACAGUCUAUUAAAAUCUGGCUUACA